CUGUGAAGAGCGAGGCCCAUAUACGGGCACAUCUCAGUAGUGACAGUAUCUACGCCAAUGCACAGUUCCUGCGCUGCGCUGAUCCUCCCCAACGUCUUCUCUGCAUGAUCGCUUAUCCUAUGUUACACACGAAGAACGCACUGGCGGAGGUCAUUCGAAGUACUAUCUCCGUUAUCGAUUGGUGUCUCGAUGGCUGUAACAUUUAUGGCAGGCUACGAGUCAUCUGAUUACAGUAGAUUCUGGGUUAGUAGUGCGUUGUCUGCACCCAUAAAUUAUACUUCGCUGCGCCGUGCGUUUUUAGUGUCGUCCUGCUGCCACUGACUGUGGCCGACUUGCAAGUAAACAAGCAUGAGUACCAUUUCGAGACAGCGCCAGACUGCAGCCGCAGCGAUCCCCGUCUCCCCGGAUUCUUCUGGGUCACCUUUCUCCAUAACAGCAAACCUCCUGCGUCUUUUUAGCCACAUCAAAUAUGAAAAUUUGGCAGCCGGACUGAGCGGGGGAGUAAUCUCGACAAUGGUGCUUCAUCCCCUGGAUCUGGUGAAAAUACGCUUCGCAGUGAGUGACGGGUUGCAGAUGAGACCCCAGUACGACGGCAUGGUGCACUGCAUGAGAAGCAUCUGGCAGCUGGAGGGGAUUCGCGGUCUCUACCAAGGGGUGACCCCAAACAUCUGGGGCGCAGGGGCGUCCUGGGGCCUUUACUUCCUAUUUUACAAUGCCAUCAAGUCGUACACCCAGGAGGGCCGCCAGACUGAACUUACUGCAUUAGAGCACCUGGUGUCCGCAGCCGAAGCAGGCAUGCUGACGCUUUGCCUGACCAAUCCGGUCUGGGUGACAAAGACCCGGCUGGUCCUGCAGUACAAUGCAGACCCAUCCCGGAAGCAGUACAAAGGAAUGCUGGACGCCCUCGUGAAAAUAUACCGUCACGAGGGUAUCCCAGGAUUAUACAGGGGUUUUUUGCCCGGUCUGGUGGGUACUUCCCAUUCUGCGCUGCAAUUCAUGACCUAUGAGAGCCUCAAGAGAGACUACAACAAGUCCAGGAAGAUGCCCUCAGAGGCCUUGCUGUCUCCGCUUGAGUACAUUGCCAUGGCAGCCAUCUCCAAGAUAUUUGCUGUGGCAGUAACUUACCCGUAUCAGGUUGUCCGAGCUCGCCUACAGGACCAGCACAACAACUACAGUGGGCUUGUGGACGUGCUCAGGAGGACAUGGAGCAAUGAAGGGGUGGAGGGCUUCUACAAAGGAAUGGUCCCCAACCUGGUGCGCGUCAUCCCAGCCUGCUGCAUCACCUUCCUGGUGUACGAGAACGUGUCUCGCUUGCUGCUGGGAGAGUAUCAUUAAACCUCAAACAUGCACGCACACACACACCCCGAUACACACAUACAUAUAUACACACAUGCGCGCACACACACACACACACACACACACACACACACACACACACACACCGAUACACACAUACAUAUAUAUGCACACUCAGACACACACACACCGAUACGCACAUAUACGCACACUCACACACCGAUACGCACAUUCAUACAUCGACACACACACACACACACACACACACACACACACACACACACAUGCAACUCACACAUACGUACACUGACACAAAAUCACCCAUACACACACCUCAGGAACACUGAAAUGGACCAACAGGAUGGAGAUGACAGCCAACAAACAGGGCAGCAAGGCCAGUUUGUUUUCCAAGUGGCCCCCCAAGCAGACUUCAGUGCACAAAAAAAACUCUUGGGGGAUCACACAGCAUAGUUUCACUGGAGGUUGACGACAGCACACCACCUCAGUCUCUGAUGGGGGACGACCCAAACGAUCGCUGUUGCUGGUUAGUGAGUAGAGUAGCACCCAUGUGGAAAGCAAUGUGUGUUGAAGUUUCUGUUGCAAGUUGUGGGCGAAGGUUACACAACAUGGAGGGAAGGACCUAGGCCAACGGCCACGCUACGUUAAGGGGAAGUGACACUUUCGACUAUCGCAACUCUCGUGUAGAACAACCAAGAUAAUGUUUUGACACCUCGGGUCAUUGUCAUCGUUUGUCUUCUGUUUUUGUUUUUCUUCCGCACGUUGACCUGUUUCUCUCUCUCCGGGUGGAAAACUUAAAAACCCGCGUGCUUGUGCUUGUGCUUGUGCUCAUGUGAGGGAGUGCCACUUUAGAUUGUCCAGACGGCCGUGUCUGAAGCACUUGACUCCUAUAAGUGAGAGACGGAGUGGGAGGGGGGGGGGGGGGGUGGACGAACCCAUCUACCCUCUCACGCUCUGCGGAGGGGAGGAGAUGACGUCAGCUACUUUUCCACUGCUGAGUCUGCUGGGCUCAGGCUUGUCCAGUCUGGACGUCCCUUAAGGAGAGACACAUGGAGACAGACGUGGAGUCACGUGGAGAGGAGAGAGAGAGAAAAAAAAAAGACUUUUGAAAGAGAGACUGAAAGAAAAAGAAUGUAUAGGUGCGAACCAAAGAGUCUUAGGAAGAGUUGCUCAGGGGAGGAAAACGAUCGUGAAUCCUUAUGUUUCGGAUAGUUUUGGAAAGAAGGAGGCUCUCUAAACUAAACUAUAUAUAGGAAAUAUUCAUGGAAAAAGAGUGCAUCUUACGUUUUCAUUGACACGGUGUGAAUAGCAUUGCUUAUGACAUUUUUCUAAUUAUCAGCGUACAGUAAGUCCAUAAUGCUAGAUGUCUUUGUCACCACUAGGGUGCAGUCUUGUCCUUGGAUUGGAAAUGUUUAUGUGUGUCUAGACUUGUGCACAAAUUAAAAGCCAUGUUGGCUUCCUCCCUUGUCUGUCUAAUGAAAUAGAGGCUUAUGGUAAUGAUCUUGCCAGGAUAUAAAAAUAUCCCUGAAGUCCAACCUUUUUCACAAUAAAGAAGUAUUAUAUGAGAGAUGAAACUGCUCUAAAGACAAUGAAUGGAAUGGAAAGCAAUAUUGUGUGAUUGUGUAUGCUUAAAGUGUAUUUUAACUUU